AUGGGGCUCGACCACGAGCUCAACGGAAUUCUUCGAGAACUGGUGCAGUUUCUGGAAUGCCUGCGAGAAGUGAAGCUUCCGGUCGCUCUGGAGAGUAUACGGGACAAUCUGCUGACACGUUCGAAGGACACUCUGACGAUGUUCAUGGUCGAGAGAACCGGAAGACCGACUUCCCCGGAGCCGUACUUGAAUAUGAGCCCAGUUGCGCCGAAGGGUCUGGUAACGGUGUCGAGGAUGGACGGCGAGCUACAGGAGUACGUGGGAGUGGAAGAACAGCCGAGGCAGAAACAGCAACAGGAUUAUUACGAGAGCUUCCAAACGGUCGAGUCGAAUCACGCCGCGUCCGUGACCACGACAACCGCAGCGAACACGAAGGAACAUCGUCGGAACAAAAGCGAGGAGAUCGAGAACGCCCUGAUGGAGAUAUACUCGAGUUUCCCAGCGGUCGAGGCAAGAGAUAAAUCACAAAAGUGCGGACCGCUGUUCCGCAAAGAAGGAAAGAAGCUGUUCGUUUUCGAGCAGUAUCGGUCAUGUUGGGUCGGUCUGGUUGGAACGCAUUUACUGAUCUACGGGAACGAUCGUGAGAACAGACCGUGCACAGUGCUACCGAUCCGCGGUUACAUGGCUCGGGCCGCGCCGAACGUUUUUCCCCGUGAUCAACGAAGAAGCGCGUCCGCCUUCGAAAUGUUUCGUCCCGGCAACAGGACAUUUCAGUUCGUUGCGAGAACACCGAAGGACAUGGAACAGUGGGUGGCGAAAAUAUGCGACUUGAACCAGGGAAACGAGACCACGGAAUACCCGAAGGACACGAUCAUCGCACCGCUGGAAAGUAACGCACCAGAAGUGGACUCUGUUACGGACACGAAUUACAGCGAGGAACAAUAUCAGGACGUUGGAUGCACGAGUGUCGAUAAAUCGUUAUCGGAGGAUCAGUCGGUAACUUCGAGCGUUAUCAAUAACGACAGAGAAGCGAUCGAGUCUUCGUCGAAGAGCGCGAAUCUCGAACCCCCGAAUCCUUCUCAGGCUCCUACCCUUUCGCCAACAGUUCCUGGCCCUGCUCCACGGCUACCCGCCCGGAUCCCGCGAAGAUUACCGUCUUUACCUGUUCGCGGUUCCGGAACCUCAUCCUCUUACGAAUUUCCGGAGGAAGAGGAGGACGAUAUCUAUCAUAAGAUCGAGGAUUUCCGAGACACGACGCAUUGUUACGGGAACGUAGUCGUUGGUAAAGGUAAAACAUUUAAAACCAGAGUCGACGAUGUUCGCGAGGACGAACUUCCAACCUACGACGACGUUUCCGCCAAUACCAAAGACCAGAAUACCGCGUCUGACGAAAAAUUAAAGAAAAACGUCGAAGCUGUUGCCGAACGAUCGGUCGGAAAGCAAAAUUCGCGAGGCAAGGCAUCUCACGAUACCACCGGUUCCUCGAUCACCGCGACGAGAAGCACCGAUGUGAACUGCGUCGACGAACGAACCGCAUGUGUCUCUUACGACAACGUCGAGAGUCUAGUCUCGAGCCCGAAAUCAAACAAAAAUCGACGGUCCGAGAAAACGGGUGAACCGACAAAGUCGCCGCAAAAGAAAUCCUUUCUGGACCGAGUGAGAAGCAGAAAGGAAUCUCCGCGGAAAACUGACAAGCACGCGAAGGGUAAAAUUCUGACGCCACCUGCCCCCGACGUCCAAGAAUUACCCACCUACGAGGAUGUGUUCGGUUUGACGAAUACUCGACAAGUUAAGCGAAAUCCAAGUUCGGAAGAGGACGAAUCAGAGUACACCUGCCCGCCUCCUCCUAGACCGAUUUACGGGAAACCACCCACGAUUGUUGACGCGACCGACCAACAAGAAUUUUACGAUGACGUUACUAGCUGCCGACAAAAUUACAGAGAAGAAGUACGUCAGAUUAAUCAUCAGCGAAUCACCACGAAACUGAACUACACUCGCGAACUUGCUCGAUCGAAUCACGACGAGUCCGUACCAUGCGAGAACGUCGAUCGACCGGUAUCCCAAUUAUCGUUCGAUGAGAAUGAACACUACAAAAUACCACGCGGCAAAUCGAAUCAUCGUCAGUACCCUGUCGAUCAACAGGAAGAAUUGUACGACGAUAUUGCUAUACUCGCAGAGUUUACAGCACGACAAAAAGAAUCUCUCGGUAAGAAGGAGGGCGAGGAAACUACCAGGAUAUAUGCUAACGUAGAGAAAAGAUCUUGGAACCGUUUUGUCAACGGCAAGAAGUUGAAACCAGUCGACACCGUCGCGGGACCUGAAGCGAAUCGUCGAAACUCGAUCGAGGCUGAAAAUACGGACGAGCUCGCCGCGACGAGAAUGAAUACUUUCCAGAAAUUGAUUAGCAAAAUGGAGAACUCUCUUAGCAAGACUUCCGUUAAGGCGACACCAACGAUGCUACCGAAUAAGCUGAAUCUCAUCAACGACGCCUAAUAUCGUAGGAAACGAUUAA